UACAAAUUGAAGAGCUGAUUAAUUGCUAUGUGCUUUCCAAUGGUUCACGUUAACUACGCUAGAUACACCACCAUCAACAUCAAGCUAGCUCAAUGCCGCUAGCUAGAACAACUAGGCUUGGCAGUUACUACUAGUGCUAAUUCUCAUAGCAUGGCGAGCGACCAGGAGGUGGCAGCAGUUGGUCAGAUUCUGGCAAACGGGAAACAGGACCUUUCGACGCGGUUCCGAGCUCUGUUUACCCUGAGGAACCUGGGCGGGGCGGAAGCCAUCUGCUGGAUCAGCAAAACGUUCGAGGAUGAGUCGGCGUUGCUGAAACACGAGCUGGCAUACUGUCUUGGACAGAUGCAGGAUGAAAGAGCCAUCCCGACCCUGGAGGCCGUGCUGAAGGACACCACACAGGACCCCAUGGUCAGGCACGAAGCAGGAGAGGCCCUGGGUGCCAUCGGCAACCCCAAGGUCUUAGACUUGCUGAAGGAGUACUCAGAGGACCCGGUUGUUGAGGUGGCAGAGACGUGCCAGCUGGCUGUGAAGCGUCUGGAGUGGCUGAUGGGAGGCGGGGAGAAGAAGGAGGACGGAGCUACAGACGGGAACCCCUACUUCUCCGUGGACCCCGCCCCCCCGGCGUCCAAGCAGGAUGUGGCGGACCUGAGGCACCAGCUAUUGGACGAGAGCCUGCCGCUGUUCGAGCGCUACAGAGCCAUGUUCGCCCUGCGUAACCUGGGGACGAAGGAGGCUGUGCUGGCCCUGGGGGAUGGCCUGCAGUGCGGCAGCGCCCUCUUCCGCCACGAGAUCGGCUAUGUGCUGGGCCAGGUGCAGCACGAGGCCAGCGUGCCCCAGCUGCGGGCCGCCCUGGAGCGCCAGGACGAGAGCCCCAUGGUCCGGCACGAGUGCGCCGAGGCGCUGGGCUCCAUCGGCCGGCAGGAGUGCAUGGAGGUGCUGGAGACGCACCGGCGCGACCAGGAGCGCGUGGUGAAGGAGAGCUGUGAGGUGGCCCUGGACAUGCUGCGGUACGAGAACAGCGGGCAGUUCCAGUACGCAGACGGACUGGCGAGGCUAUGAGGGAGGGGUGGGGUAGGGGGACGAGACUCUACCGAGGAAGACAUUCUGCUGAGGACAGGAGUCCUGACUACUGGGAAGAUGGGACUCUGCGGAGGAAAGCGCUGCUUGUGGUCCACGGCUCCAGCGUGGUUUCACACUGCCCUUUUCAUCGCCGUUUGCCUCAGGACUUAUGUUGUUUUGAUUUAAUUAUAGUUGGCAUUUGAAAGAUAUCGUUUUUAACAUCACCCCCUCAGACCGAGCAAAGUGAACACUUCCAGGGAUGUUUCAGUUUCUCAUUGGGACAAUCACCUGCCUUUAUAACUAUCCUGUAUCGUCAUCAAUAAAUACACGCUUUCAUG